UUAAACCCCUCAAAAAAAAUAUUUUUUAUUUAUUUUGGUCGCUGACAAAAUGCGUGAACGUAUCCGCAGCUUUAUACGUUCGAACCGCUGCCUUUGUAUUUUCAGCGUGAUGCAGAUGACUUUAAUGCUGUCGAUGCUAGAGGUUAAAAUUCAGGUCGAAAAAUCCGCGGAGCUCCAGCGAUCCGUAACCCGAGUUUACCUGGUGGCCAAGCCAAGUGACUUGGCCUGCAGUCCUCUGUACUCCGUGUUUGCCAUGGGUGCCCUGUUCUACGGGUACGGCUUGAUCUACCUUCGCACCAAGGGAUCCCCCGGGGGAUUCCUCUGCAGACUCCGCAGCUCCGGUCUGUCCGUGUGGCAGAGGAGCAGUCCCGUGAUGCUGCUGCCGUGGUGCAUGAAGGUGCUCCAGGGACUCGCGCUCUUCCCCUUGCACCUGUGGGAGUGCCUGAGGAAGGAAUCCUGCCUCGGGGCGGACCACUUCCUGCUCUUCGCCACCGUGGCCGUCCUGUUCUGGAACUACCAGAUGAUCCUGGCCAUCGCCUCCUUUGUGGCGGCAGUGAGGCUCAACCUCCGGAUGCAGGGAGCCCGGUACAUUCGGAACAGGAACCACGAACUAAACGCCUACGCCCAAGGAAUCAACGCUCUGCUCGGCUUCGAGAUGAUAGUGGGAACGCAUGAGGGAACAUAACAACUAAAUUAUUAUGAUUCAUUAUGAUUCCGAGCAUCUAAAUUAUUAAGAUUCAUUUUGAUUCUUGAAUGGGAAUACCUAUCAACUAAUUCUCUAAAUUGUAUAUUCAGUCCAAAUCUUAAGAAUUUGAAAUUUUAUGUACAGUCUUAACAUAAA